CACACAACAACACCCGCUCCUUCGCCGAUCCAAGUCUACUCAGCAUCGAAAGACGGCCUCUCUCCGCCUUUCGCACACCCCCAGAUCCCCCCUCCACGACAAUGCUUCCAGCACAGCGCAAGAAGGUUGACAUCAGUAAGUUGAGUCCAGAGGAGAAGAAAUUGUUUGAGAAGUAUGGAAAGCUACCCACACACAAGAAUGUGCUUGCGAAGAUGCAAAAGGAACGCAAGUACUUUGAUUCUGGUGAUUACGCUCUUUCGAAAGCUGGCGUAGCACCUCAAGCCAGUGUCGGAACUGCGAUCCCUCAGCCCGAGCAGAUCCCACAUGCUUCACAGCCGUCGAUUGGCCCGCAUGGUACCCUCACGUCACCCAGCAUCGGAGCUAGCUCUUCGAGUCCACCAAAAGACCCCUCCUCCCUGAAGGAAUGACUGCGCAUGCGAGGUGGUCACAACCCAUUCCAACUUCCCGAUCGACUCUAUCUUCUUUUG